UGUGUGUGGCUCCCUCGCUCCUGGUACGCACGCCUGCUUAUUUUGGACACAGUAGGUACUAGGACUUUCCUGCUCGAAACCUUCAGGCGUCUCUCUGCCCUCUUCAUCAUGUUGUUAUUAUAGCUCUGAGCCCGUUUGUGUUUUCCCUGCUGAAGCCUUUGACUUUUGAGCAGGAGGAGGACUCCUGGCAGCAGAGAAAGCAGUCAAAGAAUGCAAAACUGGACUGCCGCUCAACUGUUAUUUCUGCGAUAGGGUGAUUUAAAACUGGAGGACUACAACUGCGGGAAUACAACAGCAUUAAACCUUUAUUAUUACUAUUAUUAUUCUUUCCGAUGCACGGUCACUAGCAAAGAAAGGAGAAGAAAAACGGAGGUUCGCGUUGCAGCGUUGCAAGUCGGAGAUCAACACCAGAGACCCCAAAAAGUCGUCGACUGACAGGGUCUCACCUCCCAAACCCGAGGAACCAUGUCAUCCACGAGAUUCAGAAAGGAUAAGGAGAUCAUAGCGGAAUAUGAGACCCAAGUGAAAGAGAUCCGUAACCAGCUGGUGGAGCAGUUUAAAUGCCUGGAGCAGCAGUCUGAAUCUCGUAUCCAGCUCUUGCAGGACCUGCAGGAGUUCUUUCGUCGCAAGGCAGAGAUUGAACUGGAAUACUCCCGCAGCUUGGAGAAACUGGCUGAGAGGUUCUCCUCAAAGAUCCGCAGCUCCAGAGAACACCAGCAGUUUAAAAAAGACCAGCACUUGCUGUCAACCGUAAACUGCUGGUAUCUGUUGCUGAGCCAGACGAGGCGUGAGAGUCGUGACCACGCCACCCUCAGUGACAUCUACACCAACAAUGUUAUUGUCCGGCUGGCCCAGAUCAGCGAGGACGUCAUCCGCCUGUUCAAAAAGAGCAAGGACAUUGGAAUCCAGAUGCACGAGGAGCUUGUGAAGGUGACAAAUGAACUCUACACUGUGAUGAAAACAUACCAUAUGUACCACACUGAGAGCACCAGUGCAGAGAGCAAGCUGAAAGAUGCUGAGAAGCAGGAAGAGAAGCAGUUCAGCAAGUCUGGAGAUCUCAAUGUCAACCUCCUCCGGCAUGAGGACCGCCAACCAAGACGCAGCUCUGUCCGGAAAAUUGAAAAGAUGAAGGAGAAGAGGCAGGCCAAGUAUUCAGAGAACAAGCUGAAAUGCACAAAAGCCCGGAAUGACUAUUUGUUGAACCUGGCAGCAACAAAUGCAGUGGUUGCAAAAUAUUACAUCCAUGACGUCUCUGAUAUGAUUGAUUGCUGUGACCUGGGCUACCAUGCUAGCUUGGCACGCGCUCUCAGGACUUAUUUAUCUGCGGAGUACAACUUGGAGACAUCGCGCCACGAGGGACUGGAUAUCAUAGAGAAUGCAGUGGACAACUUGGACUCCCGCAGUGACAAGCACAAGAUCAUGGAUAUGCAUAACCAGGUGUUCUGUCCUCCAAUGCGCUUUGAAUAUCUACCACACAUGGGAGAUGAGGUGUGCCAAGUGAGCGCCCAGCAGCCAGUUCAGACCGAACUUCUGAUGCGAUACCACCAACUGCAGUCUCGCUUAGCUACACUAAAGAUUGAAAAUGAGGAGGUGAGGAAGACUUUGGAUGCCACCAUGCAAACACUGCAGGAUAUGCUGACAGUGGAGGACUUUGACGUGUCAGAUGCCUUUCAACAUAGCCGCUCCACUGAAUCCAUCAAGUCUGUGGCCUCCGAGACAUACAUGAGCAAGCUCAAUAUAGCCAAGAGGAGAGCAAACCAACAGGAGACUGAAAUGUUCUACUUCUCAAAAUUCAAGGAGUACCUGAAUGGUAGUAACCUCAUCAUUAAGCUGCAGGCCAAGCAUGACUUGCUGAAGCAGACACUGGGGGAAGGGGAAAGGGCUGAAUGUGGAACGACAAGACCCCCCACCCCCCCUAAACCACAGAAAAUGCGGAAGCCUAGGCCACGCUCCGUGUAUAACCAUAAGCUGUUUAACGGCAAUAUGGAGACAUUCAUCAAGGAUUCAGGUCAACCAAUUCCACUUGUUGUUGAAAGUUGUAUCAGAUACAUCAAUCUAUACGGUUUGCAGCAGCAAGGCAUAUUCCGUGUGCCAGGAUCACAGGUGGAGGUCAAUGAUAUUAAAAACUCUUUUGAGAGAGGUGAAGAUCCCUUGAUUGAUGACCAGAAUGAACACGAUAUUAACUCAGUGGCAGGCGUCCUGAAGCUGUACUUCAGGGGACUCGAGAACCCGCUCUUCCCAAAGGAGCGUUUCCUGGACUUCAUCUCUACUAUCAAGCUGGAAUCUGAAGCCGAAAGAGCACAUCACAUCCAGCAGAUUAUCGUCACUCUUCCUCGGACCAUUAUAAUCGUCAUGAGAUAUCUUUUUGCUUUCCUUAACCAUCUUUCACAGUACAGCGAUGAAAACAUGAUGGAUCCGUACAAUUUAGCUAUCUGCUUCGGUCCAACCCUGAUGCCCAUGCCAGAUGGCCAAGAUCCUGUAGCGUGUCAGGCUCAUGUUAACGAAGUCAUCAAAACCAUCAUUAUCCACACUGAAGUCAUUUUUCCAAGUCAACGAGAGCUGGAUGGCCCAGUCUAUGAAAAGUGCAUGACUGGGGGGGAAGAGUAUUGUGACAGUCCCCAUAGUGAACCAGGAACCAUUGAUGAGGCUGAUAAUGGAACAGAACCACACACCAGUGAUGAGGAAGUGGAACAGAUUGAGGCCAUUGCCAAAUUCGACUAUGUGGGACGCAGUCCCAGGGAGCUGUCCUUCAAGAAGGGAGCCUCCCUGCUUCUGUAUCACAGAGCAUCUGAAGACUGGUGGGAGGGCCGUCAUAAUGGCGUGGAUGGCCUCAUCCCUCAUCAGUACAUUGUAGUACAAGACCUGGAUGAUGCGUUCUCAGAUAACCUCAGCCAAAAAGCAGAUAGCGAAGCUAGCAGUGGACCUUUGCUGGAAGAUAAGGGUUCAUCCAAAAAUGACGUCCCAUCACCAUGCGAGCAAUCACCUGAUUACAACUUUGGAGGAGUCAUGGGGAGGGUCAGGUUACGAUCUGAUGGAGCUGCAAUCCCACGUCGUCGGACAGAUACUCAGAGCCCAACAAGAGUGGCUGACACUCCACCACGGGCUGCAGCCUGUCCCAGCAGCCCUCACAAGAUGUCCAUCAGCAAGGGUCGCAUGGAGAGCCCAGAAAAAAGGCGCCUUGGCACUUUUGGCAGUGCAGGUAGCAUAAACUAUCCAGACAGGAAGACCUAUCCUGAGGGCCACCCACUGAGACCAGUGCCAGGGAGCACUCGUCACAGCAGCCUUGGGGACCACAAAUCUCUAGAGACUGAGGCUCUGGCUGAGGACAUAGAGAAAACUAUGAAUACAGCACUUCAUGAGCUGCGGGAGCUGGAGCGCCAAAACACCGUUAAACAGGCUCCCGAUGUGGUCUUGGACACCCUGGAGCCAAUGAAGAAUCCAGUUAGCUCAGAGCCCGGCAGUCCACUGCACACCAUUAUGAUCCGUGAUCCAGAUGCAGCCAUGCGCCGCAGUAGCAGCUCCACAUCUGAGAUGAUGACCACAUUCAAACCUGCCCUCUCCGCCCGGCUGGCUGGGGCUCAGCUACGCCCCCCACCCAUGAGACCAGUGCGCCCUCCUCCAACACAGCACCGCUCAAGCAGCUCCAGCUCUUCGGGAGUCGGCAGUCCUGCUGUGACUCCCACUGAGAAGAUGUUUCCGAGUAACAAUACAGCUGCAGGUUCCAAUGUGAAUAUUUCCAGUGAUGGCGGAGAUAAGUCUGGUACCAUGUAGCAAAGGUGGAAGCUUCUAGGUGAGAAAGCUGUGAAGCUUUCCAAGUGGGAGAAAAGCUUAUGGAAACGGAUAUUGAUGUGUGCAAAGCAGACCUGGAUGUUUUCCCAUCUGCUUUUUCCUUAAUUCAUAUAUAAAGGAUGCCACUGAAGCUCUUAAAGUAUGUAACCAUGGUAAUAAAGCAGUGGCAGAAGCUAUAGAGAUGUGAUAAAGCUCAGCUGAAACUUGAUUCAACUACAGUAAAUGUGUAUUACAAUAUGUGUAUUUCAGUUAUACCUCAGUUUUAACAAAAUUCUGUGGCUUUUGUUUCAGAGAUGCAAUGAAUGCAAGUGAAGCAAUACUUGUGUGAAAUUUGGUUUUCUACCCAUCACAUACAGUCCAGCCAGUCCCAGUCCUCCUGUUAUGUGAAAACACCUCACGUCGGCAGGUGCAGGUGUUCAGGUGUUAAAAUAGUAUGUCUGUUUGCCCUUUUUGGGCAAAGGCCUUAUGGCUGUAAAUACAAACUUACUUGAAGUCACCAAGCUUUCUGUUUGUAUUAUAAUACAUUGGAUGUUCAGCAACAUAACAGUGGAAUUUAAUCUUGCAUGCACGGAUUGGACAAAAUAAGGGAAACUUUUAAGACUCGCAUCACUGACAGAUAUGAGAUGAGGUGACCUGUGAACAAGCUUGCUAAUCUUAAGAAAUAAAUAUAACUUUAAACUUUUAUCCACAAUAAUAAAAACUAAAAUCAGGUUUUAUAAAAUAUUUUUUAAAAAGUAGCGGCGUGUUGUCGUACAUUAUCUUUUGUGUGGGCAUCACUGCAAAAGAUGGAGCAUCUUGGCAUGAAGUUUAUCUGUGAAGUCGUAGGCAUUACUAAUCAGUACUACAAUACAAUAAGUCAGCUUCUACCAUCGCGCAUGGUUGAACAGUGAACAGACAUCACACGUCUGUUUCCAUGUUUUGUUUUGUUCUUUUUCUAUUUGCCGUGUAUGGAAUGCAGAAGAAUAAUGCACCAACUAAUGUAGGAAUCCUGUGGUAAACUUGUACAUAAUAUAUAGCUAGUAAUUUUUAAGUGUUAUUUAUGUACAGGUUGAUAUGAAACGUUGCAAAGGGUUGGUGUGAAUGGCACUUAUAAGGAUUCUGAAAUACCCUUUUAUCAUCUCCAGUAAAAUGAAAACAUUUUAAUUUAGCUGUUAAAAAAAUACAAAAGUGUUCAGAUGUACCAUAUAUGGUGUGCUUGGAAUACAUUUAAACUAUAUACAACGAAUUGCUGCUGGAAACAACACAAAGUAUGUUUUUGACAGUUUUUCAGGUUCAAGUCACAUUCGUAUUAUUAUUUUUUUAUUAUUAUUAUUAUUUUUUUUUUUAGUAUUACGAAAGAAACAGUGAAACCUUUGAUGGUUCCUCUUUCGUACUGAAAAUGCUGUGCUCUCCCAGAACAGCCGAGGAAGUAGAUGUUGUAACAUUACUGCUAACAGAGUGGCCUCCUUCUUUCUGCCUUCAACGUGAUAGUUUGUUUAUAGAUACAAAUGUGCUCAGACUGUAGAUUCGUACUUUUCUGUUGGAGGAAAUCUAAAUAAGAACAUUUAAGUAUUUAUAUCUACUGUUCCUCUUGUCAUCCUGACAGCUGUAGUCUAGAAACCUUGUAAUCCGCAUCCCAAAGAGCCUGCUCUGUUCUGCAUGUUUGGCGCUGUAACGUGGGACUCAAUGGUGUGCGGUGCCUUGGCUUGGUGAAACGCACAACUCAAUUAAACAUUGGACUAAGUAACUGGCCUUAGUAUUUAUGGAGUUUGAGAGCAAUGAAUUAAGCUGUUGCUAGAUCAGAAGUGAGGGAAAACUAACAAUGCCUGAUUGAACAAAAACAAAAUAAUAAAAAAGACAUUAAACCUAACAAAAUUAUUAGCAUGUAAAUCACUGAUUCCCCUGUCAGAUGCAGAUACAUUAUAUAAAAUGAGAAUACUUGCUUGUUGUUGGUGUGUUGUUUGCUUUUCAGCUAUCAAAUUAUUUAUCUAUGUAUCAAAGUACAGGGUGGAUGGAUUAUUAAGACCAGAGAGCUACUACUACUAGAAAAUAAGUCAAUAUAGCAUUUACAUUUACAUAGUGCUGUCACACCCUCUGCUGGUUCCUGCUGGUGUUGCGUGAACCAGCAGAGACUUGCUCUUCUUGGGCAUUAUUAUCGGGAGCUCAUCGGUUAAAUUCAUCAAUAUCUUAUUGUCCUGGUUAUGGGUUUUUCACCUGUUGAUAUAUAUAUAUGUUACAAAAAGCAUCUGUUUAAAAUAUGAAGAAAGCACACAAUUUAAAAAGGGGGGAAUAAAUCAUAUUUACCUAGAUUUUUUUUUUUAAUUUAUAGACUGUAAGUGGAACAGAAAUUUUGAGUGCCUUUUGUGCACAUCAAUUUUUAUUGUACUUUUACUUUUUUACUUUUUUUUUAACUGUGAUAUGUUGUUAGUUGUCAUGUUUAUUACAGACUGAUGUUGCCUUUUUUAUCUUUAUUUUCUCUUGCUACUCAGUAGUCAGGCCAACAUAAGGAAUAUGUUGUGUAAAGAACCAUCAAGAACUGCUUGUCUGUGUUUGGGUGAACCCUUAAGAACAGGAGCUAUAAGAACUACUGUAUACAUAAUCUACUGGCAAAGUGCAGUAGAAUCAUCUCAGAAUAUUUCCUUUGUUUUUUUUAUUUUCCCUGUGAACUGCCUGUGCUGUGGUUGAGCCUUUAAUUCUUGCCAUUUCGCUCUUUCCCUUUCAAAGAAAUGUCACUGCAGUGUUCUUGCUGACAGAUGGACUCAUGUGGACCCUCUACAUUUAGAGGUUAUAAGGCACUUGGUGCGCUUUCAUCGGUCCCUACAUGCGAUGUUACACUGACAUUUGCUUUUCUGGAAUGUGUGCUUAAGUGGGUUACACUGUUUGUCUGGUGACAUGAGUUAGACAGCAAACUAUUGAUCAAGAAGAAAAUCGCAGCGAGAGAACAGAACGAGGCCCCAUCGGAGGACCGGAGUGUGAGUUGCUGUCACACUGUUUACUUUCUCUUUAACUGUUUGUCUAGUGAUGCUGUUUGUUGGUGAGUGUCUGGUGGGUUGAAACCUGUGAUGUAACGUACAUCAUGCCAGUGACUGGAUGUUGAAAACUCCUGCGUCCAAA